CAGCCGCGUUAGUUCUUCAAGGCCGCCAUUUUAUGUUAGGCCUGCUCUCCCAGAGCGGGAGAAAACUGUUCGCUGAGCCCGGAGCUCCAACGACGGUCCCCUGCAAGGCCGAACGAAGCAACCGCAGCAGUCCAUCUCCAAAGUCAAUCGACGGGCUAAGGAAGCAAUAAGAAAGUGUUGGUUGGUUGGUUGGACCAUUGCUUUGGAGGGCGAGGUUGUUUCCAUGGAGACCGGCCAAGUCGCUGCCCUGGCCUCCGAUGGAAAAGUCCUGCCGGAGGGCGGAGAGGCCCUAAUACAAACUAGCCAGGGGGAGGUGGCCGCUAAUAUGGAAAUGAUGGUGAUGGACGCUCUGGAUCCAGCUCUGCUGCAAAUGAAAACGGAGGUCCUGGAGGGGGGCGGCACGGUCACCGUCACUGGUGGAGAUGAGGGGCAGAUCAUCACUCUCCAAGUGGUGAACAUGGAAGAGCAAGCUGGAGCUGCAUUAGGUCUGGGUCAGUUACAGCUAGUGCAGGUCCCAGUCACCGCAACUACUGUAGAGGGGCUUCAGGCUACUUACGUAGAGGCAUCUGGUGCCAACAAAGAUGCCGUUAUUUGUCACACUCUUCCUCUACCUGAGGGAUUUCAGGUUGUAAAAGUGGGUGCUAAUGGAGAAGUGGAGACUGUGGAGCAAGAGGAGCUCCAGGCUGCUCAAGAUGAGCUCCAAGGGCCAGAGGGAGAUGAAGUAGAGGAAGAUGAAGAAGCAGCAGAAAUUGUAACGUCAGUGCCUCAAGAUGACCCAGACUGGACUAAAGACCCAGAGUACCAACCCAUCACGGCCAUCCGCAAAGGCAAGAAGGGAAAGAAGAGCCGCCUGCGUUACGCAGAGGGCGACCGGGACAUGGAUGUUUCUGUGUAUGACUUUGAAGAGGAGCAGCAGGAGGGCCUGCUGUCAGAGGUCAACGCAGAGAAAGUUGUGGGCAACAUGAAGCCUCCAAAGCCCACAAAAAUCAAGAAAAAAGGUGUCAAGAAGACUUUUCAAUGCGAGCUUUGCAGCUACACAUGUCCAAGGCGCUCCAACCUGGAUCGGCACAUGAAGAGCCACACAGAUGAAAGGCCACACAAAUGUCACCUGUGUGGAAGAGCCUUCAGAACAGUCACUCUGUUGAGAAACCACCUCAACACACACACAGGCACUCGGCCUCACAAAUGUACAGACUGUGACAUGGCGUUUGUGACCAGUGGCGAGUUGGUGCGCCAUCGCCGUUACAAGCACACACACGAGAAGCCUUUCAAAUGUUCAAUGUGUGACUACUCUAGUGUGGAAGUGAGCAAGUUGAAAAGACAUAUCCGCUCUCAUACUGGCGAGCGUCCCUUCCAGUGCAGCCUGUGCAGCUACGCCAGCAGAGACACCUAUAAGCUGAAGCGGCAUAUGAGAACACAUUCAGGCGAGAAGCCGUACGAGUGCUACAUCUGCCACGCUCGGUUCACACAGAGCGGCACCAUGAAGAUGCACAUUCUGCAGAAACACACAGAGAACGUGGCCAAGUACCACUGCCCACACUGCGAUACUGUCAUCGCACGCAAAAGUGACCUUGGUGUCCACUUGCGAAAGCAGCACUCGUUCAUUGAGACUGGGAAAAAAUGCCGUUACUGCGACGCUGUGUUUCACGAGCGCUACGCACUCAUCCAGCACCAGAAGACGCACAAAAACGAGAAGCGUUUUAAGUGUGAUCAGUGUGACUACUGCUGCCGGCAGGAGCGUCACAUGAUCAUGCACAAGCGUACGCACACUGGGGAGAAGCCGUUCGCCUGCGGCCAGUGUGAGAAAACCUUCAGGCAGAAACAGCUGCUGGACAUGCACUUCAAGCGCUACCACGAUCCAAACUUCGUUCCCACCGCUUUUGUCUGCACCAAAUGCCGCAAGACGUUCACCCGCAGGAACACUAUGCUGCGUCACGCUGAGGGCUGCACAGGUGAGGCCUCCGGAGAUGAAAAUGGAGCUCCUACACCCAAAAAAGGGCGUCGUGGCAGGAAGAGGAGAAUGCAGGCCAGGAGGGAUGAUGAUGAUGACGAUGACGACGAUGAGGAUGAUGACAACACAGAGGGUGAACUGGAUGAUAUAGAGGAGGAGGACAUGCUAACUGAGAUGGAAGUGGAACAGGCUGCACCCGUCAUCCCCAUACCUGCUCCAAUAGAGGGCCCAGUCAAGAGAAAACGGGGACGACCUCCAAAGAAUAAGCCUGAAGUGGCUACCAUUAUUCAUGUGGAAGACGAGAUUCAAGAGAUGGACGACAUUGUGAAGACAGAGGUCGGCGCUGAGCAGAGCAACUCCAUCGACGAUACCACAGAGCAAGUGAUCGUCGGCGGGGGGAAAGUAUCCGGCCAGGCCGAGGAGCUGUCCCAGGCGGAUGCAGCUGUGCAGGAGGUACAGCUGUCUGCAGCACCUGCCAAUGGAGACCUGACCCCUGAAAUGAUCCUCAGCAUGAUGGACCGAUGAUGGGCAUGAGGGUGGACACUAAAAAAACACCCAAAUUCUUGAGUAAAUCCUCUAUUUUAAGUCUUUGUAUUUAGGAUAACAAAUACACAAAAGCAAACAUCACUGUUGUAAUUUAAAAUGGACCUUUUGUGUAUUGAUAAAGACCUGGAUAAGUGGGGAAAUUUUUUUUUUUUAGUAAAAAAUGUAUUUCAGUACGUUUUAGUUUGGAGUGGCUGUAAUUUUUAGUCGGUGUCCUUUCUGCCCUUCCUCUCUGAUGUUUACAAGCUAAGAAAUUCAUUGAAGAAGGCCGUCUUUGUCUACUUGUGCUUAAAAUAACGGGCCUUGGUUAUAUUCCUUUUGAUUUUUUUCGGUCUCUAGCUCUUUUUUUUUUAACAUGUUUUGUAUCAGAAUUGACGGGUUAAUCCUGCCUGAUUUGUGUGAACAAAUGAGAAGAGCUUUAUGUACUGCUGUGUGGACAGGACACUGUUUAGGUAUUGUUUAAAAAUUGGCUUUGAGGGUUACCAAUUAUUAGUCAGUCCAAGGAGAAUCCUGGAAGAUACUGUCACUGAUCACAGUUACUUCAAAAUAUGAAAUGUGAAACAUCAUGAGCUUGUUUUUGUUUUUUUUUUUCCUUGUGUUAUUUCCUUUUUUUUUUUUAAGCAUAUGGUAGUUUUUUAAAGCUUAAUAGAUUGGGUAUGUCAUGCUCCUUUCCUUUGUAAAUUUUCUAGAAGACUUGUAUGUACUGCACACUGUCACGGACGAGUGCAAGGAAGACCGUUCUGUUUUUGCUCUCAAGUGUAGUCAUUCCACUUCGGGUUCAUGUUUUUCGGUUUCUAUCUAGGCAAAGUCAUGUAGCAGCUUGAAUGACAAAUUGUGACAUAUAACAGAAUAAUGACUGUACAACUAGUUAAAGAGGAAGAGAUGAUGGUUUCUGGGGAUUUCUAGAAAAUCAAGAAUUUUUAAAAUGACGCGUCUCAUUGGUACAGCAAAACAGUUUGUUUGACUCCUUGUUUUUUUUUUCUUUUUUUAAUUGGCUGAGAAACAUCUGAAUAUUCAUGUUCAUGUAUUUUGCUUGCAAAUAUAUUUUAUUAAAUGACAAAUGUCACA